AUGGAUUAAAAUAAUGAUGAUAAAAUAACAGUUGAUGAUAUAAAGAAUUUCGCUUCUAAAAAUAAUUUUUAAUUUAAUGAAAAUAUUUAUUAUGAUAUGUUUGAUGAUGCAGCAAAAUCUAGAAAAAUUAAUUUUAAAAAAUAAUUAUUAGAGCCUUUAAAUUUAAAUGAAAUAUGGAUGGCAGUUUAAUUACAUUAUAAAUUAAACAAAGAUCAUUAAUGGAUUGAAAAUCCUAAACCAUUUAGGAAAUAUUGGAUAACUUUAUUAUAAAAAGCUGGGGAAAAUCUUCCUAAAAAACAUGAUUUAGAGAAAAUAAAAUUUUAGCCUAUAUAUGAUUUAUAUUAAAAAUAAAAACUUAUACAAACAUUUCAUCCUCAAAUAUCUAUUUAAAAUUAAUCUGUAAAUAAAAUAUUAAUAAUAAAAUAUAUAAUAUUAUUUUAGUUUUUAGUAAACGAAUCUUUUAAAAAGUCUUAUAUUAGUAAGCCUAAGCCUGAAGCAGGCUUAGAAAUUAAAGAUACAAAUAACAUUUCAUAAAUUAAUUUUAGUUAAACAGCAGAUUUUACUAUUUAAAAAAAGCCAGUUGAAGAUUUUGAAAAAAUAGUGAAUUUAAAAUUUAAAUAAUAAGAGAAUAAUUAAUUUUCAUAAACAGUAGAUUUUGAUACUAAAAAUUAUUAUUAAGAAGCUUUAAGGCUAUCAUUAAAUCCUAUAUUAUAUAAAAAGUCUUCCAAAAAUCCUAUUUUGUUAUAUGUACCUGAAAACUUUAAUUUUUAGAGCAUAUAAAAUAAAGAAGAGGAAUAUAAUCAUAGGACUUCUGAAAUUUUUAAAAAAUCUAAUUUUUAGUAUAACAAUAAAAGUAUUUAAAAAGAUAGAAAAACUAUGUGUUUGAAUUAAUUUGAUAAAUUAAAAACAAUGAAAAAUAAUCCUUAUCCGUUUAACGUUUUUGAUAAAGAUUUUUAUUCUAGAAAAUACCAAAUAAAUAAAAUUGGAAAUAAAGAAGAAAAAAUACUUGAAAGUAAUCAUUUUAUUACCACAUUUAAACUAGAAAAUUGCACAUCUUUAAAAUCAAAGCUUGCUUAAUCGUCUAAUUUAUAAUCAAAUCCUUAUAAACCUAUAUCAAAUAAUAUUAUAAGAGAGGAAAUUAAUGAUGAUAAAUCUAAACCUAAUUUUAAAAUUUAAUUUAAAUGUGAUCCUUUACCUAAUAAAUAUGGGAUGUCUGAACAUGAUAGUAGACCUAAAUUAGCUAUAGAAAAAGAAUAAAAAAUAUAAAAAUAAAAAAUGGAAGAAGAACAAAAAAAUAUAAAUGAUUAUUACGGAAAAAAAUAAAAUAAUGAAUGGAUUAAAUAUUUUAAAUUAUGUGAUAAAUAACAUAAUAUUGGUGAUGGAAAAUAAACUGAAUUUAUAAAUAAAGGGGGUAUUUAUUAUGAACCUCUUUAAAUUUAAUAGAGUUUACUUAGAUAAGAAGAUGAUUUUAAAAUUCCUUUCAGAUUAGCACAUAGAACAUUAAGAGCGAAAGAUAAAAAUAUGUUUUUGGGAUAAAUUUAAGAUUCUAAAUUUUGA